AUGCAAAGAAAUGUGAUGAUGAACAAGAGGCUGCGUCCUUCGGAUAUGAAGAUGCAGCCUGCGCCAUACCAAGUUAGAGUUGAUAUAGUUAAAAAGAUAUACACUCAAUUGAAGAAGUUUCGACAACAAGAGGCUGAUUCUGAAACGCAAAAGACGUCUGUGCGCUGGGAGCAUGAAAUCGCCAAAGUGUCGAAAAGCAAGCAAGGGUAUAUGUUCAAUGCAUCGGUAAUGCUACGAAAUAUCAUCAAGUACAAAGGGGAUCUAGAUGAUAAGGGAGCACCUCUUGAUACAAAAUCAUCGUUAAUUAAAAAGUCUGCGGUUCUGGAAAAACUCCGUACCUUACUUCUAGACGAGGAAACUUUAAGUAGGAAUGGUUUUUUCGUUAAUAUGUAUGAUACCGAACCAGAGAGUAACCAAGACUCGAACUUUAUGGAAUGCUGCAGAUGUGAAACAAAAUUCGACAUCUCGAAGAUUAUGGAGCCUACAGUUUGUCAGUACCAUGUACAAAGGAAGGUAUAUAAUAGAGAAAGCAAAAAGCGAGAAUUUCCGUGUUGUGGGGCAUCGCUAGAGUCAUACUCUGACUUUUCAGCGGGUUGUAGCAAAGCGUCACAUCAUGUUUACAAGUUUGAAAACUUCACUCGAUUAUCCGAAGUUCUUCCGUUUAAAUCACUAAAAGAUGUAGACGGGGAAGAGAAUGUAUUAGCGUUAGAUUGUGAAAUGGCAUUCACAUCUAAGGGCUAUGAAAUGAUUCGAUUGACCAUCGUUGAUUUCUGGACAUCAAAAAUAGUAUACGACAAAGUUAUCAAACCUCUAGGAGAGGUAAUUGAUCUAAACUCUAAAUUCAGUGGUAUUCAUCACAUCGAUGAUUCAGCUCCAACCAUUCACGAAACCGAAAAAGAUUAUAUUGGACCCAAUAUGAUUAACAAGAAUACAUUACUUAUUGGACAUGGUUUGGAUAAUGAUCUCCGAGUCAUGCGCAUAGUUCAUGAUAAAAUAAUAGACACAGCAGUGCUGUACCCAGCAGGAAAGUUCAAAUCUUCUUUAAAAAAUCUUUCCUUCGAAGUGUUAAGUAGGAAAAUUCAAGGCGGAGAACAUGACAGUUCAGAGGAUGCAAUCGCAGCAAUGGAUAUCAUCAAAAAGAAGAUAGGAGUACCCCUAGAUAAGACCUCAUGGUAG